GAUGACAGCCCUACCCACUCGCCGGAUUGUGCUGGCGUGGUCCUGGGUGCCCCAGCCUGUGCCCCCCUGCGGUGCAGCCUGUGCAGGUCGUAACCUGGAAAAAAUAUCUCAAGAUCCCUAGGGUGGCCCGGCCUGGCCGAUGCGGCUGGUGGGGUUAAAAGUGCUGCUCCUUGAGGGAGAUUGGACUCCUAAGUGGCUGCGCCUUUCCGAGGGUGAGCUUCCAUGUGCUCGCCUGUAGAGAGCAGCGACCUCGGACCUGCCUCCUAGGGCAGCAGGGAAAAACGAGAUCCCGCGACGGCGCGUGCCAGAUGGGUCCGUGUGGGUCCUACAGAUGCAUCUGGGGUAAACGCGAGGACAAUCGGCACCCUUGAACGGCCAGCACCUUAUUGUUGGUGCCGCCAGAGAAACGCGCCGAGCGGCCCCUUUAAGAGACGCCAGGAAUGUGUCCAAACAGACCGUGCGCGCGGCGCACGUGACUCACAGCUGAUUUCCGGCCCCGCCCCCUUCUCCGGCCCGCGCCGCCCGAGAGUCAGUUCGCUGCGGCCCGCGGUCCCCAGUCUCGGCGCGCGCGAUGGCGCAUGCGGCCCCGCCGAGCGCGCUGGAGCAGGGCGGCCCCAUCCGCGUGGAACACGACCGCCAACGCCGCCAGUUCUCCGUGCGCCUCAACGGAUGUCAUGACCGGGCUGUCCUGCUCUAUGAGUAUGUGGGCAAGCGGAUCGUAGACCUGCAGCACACAGAGGUCCCAGAUGCUUACCGUGGGCGUGGCAUUGCCAAGCACCUGGCCAAGGCUGCCCUGGACUUCGUGGUGGAGGAAGACCUGAAGGCCCACCUCACCUGCUGGUACAUCCAGAAGUACGUCAAGGAGAACCCCCUGCCACAGUACCUGGAGCGCCUACAGCCAUGACCCUGGCCACUGUGUGCAGGAGUGCACCCUGUGGGCCUUCCACGUGGGCCUCAGGCAGCUCAUGUGCUCUCAGGAACCUGUUCCCAUGGGGACAGGCUCAGAGUUAUUUUUGCAAGGACACUCGUCUGCAGCCCUCAUCCAGGAUUCUGGGGACCAGCUGCUGGCUGAGGAUGUGUGGAUAUCCAGAGUGGGAUGAAGGGCAGGCCAGGUGGCCGAGGCCCCCCUCCCACCAGCUGCACAUCCACAUCCCAUGUAGCCUGGCUACUGGGUCCCUGCUCAGAUCAGCAAGAGGGUGAGGUCGAGCCCCUGGCACCACCCCCUGGAGCUGUGUCCUUUCUGCAAAUGAGGAGGGUGUUCCUGGAGCCAAGAAGAACAACAGGAACCCUAUGUGCCAGCUUCCCAAGGUGGGGGUGCCAAGCCUUAGCCGCUGCCAGUGCUAACCCUUUCUCUUUCUCAGACUUGUGUGCCCUGGCACAGGCAGUGGAAUGGCAGCAGAGGGCAGCCGAUGCUGGUAUGUGAGCGAGCUCUGGCCCAG